AUGUGGACUUCGUUACUUUUGGCAGUGUACAAAACAGGUCGACUGGACUUAGUGACCAAAGAGCUGAGAAAUGUGAGGUUAGAAUCACAGUUUGUAUUGUGUUUAUUUGUUUUUGUGAGUAAAAUUUCGACAGUUUUAAGAGUUAUUAAAAUGCAAGGUAGCAGAGGCAAGCGCAUAUUGGAACUUGUGAAAAAUGCAAAAUCUGAAGAAAAUCUUGAAAAAAAUCGCGGAAAUUAUCCUAAAAUAGUGGUACAUUCAAAUAUUGCUUUAAAAGGCCAAGAAACAAUUAAACCAAUCGCCUCUACAUCUCAUUUGAAUAAGGCUAGUGAAGCACCUGCACCUGCUGCAAUAACAUGUGAUUCAAUCCCCUCGACAAGUAAACUAAACUUGCCUGAUAGGCAUACCCGAUGGCAUGCUAUCGAAGAUUCUAUGUCCGACAAAAGUGAGGAAGAUGCUGUAGAUCCAUAUGAAGGGAGUGAUAGCAGAGAUAAAGACUACAAUCCGAAGGACGACCUGGAUACUGAUAAUGAUGCUGAAGAGCUAUCCGAAGAUGAACUUACAGAACCAGUGACAGAGAAUCCGAAAAAAAGAAAUCGAUGGAAUAAAGCAGAUAAAACAAACUGGAAAAGAAAUAUUUUGAAAAAGCGCAGAAACCUUGGCCAGCCAUAUUAUACGACUAAAAAAGGCCCACAACCAGCGAAAGCUCCUCAGAAUGUUGAAUGUACUCAGUGCAGGUUUAAAUGUUCUGACAAUUUUUCGGAAGAGGAAAGGGUUCAAUUGUGCUCCAGUUACUGGCAGUUAGAAGUUUAUUCAAGAAAAAAAGACUUUAUUCUGCAAAAUGUUAAAGCUAAUGUACCACAAAGACAACGACAUCGUAACGAUAAUGCCAAAUCCCGCACCAAUGCCAAAGAAUUUAAUUUUUUAAAAAAUGGUAUAGCCACAAGAGUAUGUCAAAAGUUUUUUUUGAAAACACUUUCCAUAAGUAACGGACCUUUAAACAAAGCCUUUCAAAAGAAAAAUGACACAACAGGGUUGUACAAUGGAGAUGAUAAGCGAGGCCUGCAUAUUCCCUCUAAUAAAACCACCCCUGAAGAUAAGCAAAUUAUUAAAAAUCAUAUCGAAAGUUUUCCUCUAACAGAGUCACAUUAUUGUAGAAAAUCUUCAGAGAGAAAAUAUUUGGACGCGACAUUGUCUAUUGCUAAAAUGUACUCUUUAUACAAAGAAUUAUGUGAAAAAGAGGGUUACAUUCCAAAAAGUAUAACAACAUACAAGCGAACUUUUUGCCAAGAAUAUAAUUUUUCAUUUUUUAAACCACGCAAAGACCAGUGUGCAGUUUGUAUGAAGUACCAAGAUGCAAAUGCUGAUCAAAAAGCUGCAUUGGAAAUUUCAUUUAAUGAACACAAACAACGUGAGCUCGACGCAAAUGAAUCCAAAAAAUUUGAUAAAGAAAGGGCAAUCAAGGAGGCUAAUUUUGUUACCGCAACAUUUGACUUACAAAGUGUGCUUCAGAUCCCCAGUAGCGAUGUUUCGCCCAUGUACUACAGCCGAAAAAUAUGUGCUUACAAUCUGACCAUUUAUGAAGGGGCCCCACCCAAUAAUGCUUUUUGUUUUACGUGGACGGAAGUUAAUGGAGCUAGAGGAAGUUUGGAAAUAGCAACUUGUCUUUUUCAGUACCUCAGAAACUUACCAAAUCACGUAACAGACGUUUCUUUUUUCUCAGAUACAUGUGGUGGGCAAAAUAGGAACCAAAACGUCCUAGCAAUGCUAUAUUAUUUUGUGCAUUACGGCGGUAACCAAAUUGCUACAAUCGAACAGAAAUUUCUUGAAUCGGGGCAUUCUAUGAUGGAAUGUGAUAGUAUGCAUAGUGCUAUAGAGAAACAAAAAAGAUACUUAGCUGUGUAUACCCUUAAUGAUUGGAUAAACAUUUUCAAAAUGGCCCGAUCGAAACGAGGUAAGAAAAAAAAUGACCCGUACAUUGUUACAGAACUAAAAUACAGCGAUUUCAUUGAUUUUAAAGCUAUUUCACUCACACUCUUAAAAAACAAAACUGUCAACACGCAAGGUGAGAAAGUAAAAUGGCUACAAAUAAAGUGUUUUCGAAUAGAGAAAGAUUGUCCACGAAUAAUAAAAUACAGGUAUAGCCAUAAAGGCGAUUACCUUAGCCUAAACAUCGGCGGCCGGGGCAGACCUUCAGCUACAGCGACCACGUCAUUACCCAAUGUACGUAAUGCAUAUUCAUCAAUGCUUCCAAUUUCGGUGCAGAAAUACCAAGAUCUCAAAAAGCUGUGCAAUUCAGGGGUUAUUCCAAUAGAAUUUCAUCAUUGGUAUUUAUCACUGCCGACAUCAAAAGCUGUCAUAAACAAAAAUCCAGAGCCAAGUGUUGAAAGUGAAAGUGAGAUUGACUUGUCAGUUAUUUUGAAUAAAGUUUCAUUCAAUUUACCAGUAGAAGUCGUUUUAACAUAA